AUGCCAAGUUGCCAUGGCAGUGGCAAGCGGAUGCAGGUCCGGGGAUGCGUGGAGCUGGCUAUGCAGCAACGACCUGCGGUGCUGUCGACCCUGGCAAGGCGCCCAGUGCAGGUUGCAUUAGCUGUGGCCACCCUCCAUGUGCUGACUUCAGCAAAUGGCUGCUUCUUGUCUUGUGCGGCAUGGUUUUCUCCCAACAGCUGGAGAAGGAGUGCUGGCAGUUCGGGGCCUCGUUUCCUGCGCGCAGUGAGCAGCUUGCAGGAACCCUUGCCGCUGGAUGAGGAGACAGUCAGACUUCACAAGUCCUACCAUGAUAGAACUGUGGACUAUACUGUCCAACACUACGAUUGGGUAAAUGCAAAGUCCUACAGUACAGAUGGCACGAUCCCGGAGGAGGAGCACGAUGAGGUGUGGCGAGUGUCUAAAGCCCGCCUCCAAUACUGGCCACGUUUGUACGAGAGACACAUUCAUCAGGUGAGCGAAUUCGGCUCACAAGCGACGCAACAAUUUUCCAAUGCAUCUGAUGCACUUGAGCUGGGUGAUCCCAUGAACAACAUUUUUAUCAUCAAUUUGCCACUUGGAAGAACUUGGCUCAUCUUGGCACACCACCUUGGCAGCAGCAGCUGUCUACUUUUGGAUACGGUUGGCGGCUUAGGCCACGCAGACCAGCAAAGCUCAAGCAUGUUAGGUGCCAGCACGCUUCCCAACUACUGCGGGCACAAGAACACUUUGCCACAUCUCACAACUGGUCAGCUGGGUUGUUUUAUGAGUCACUUCACCAUUUGGCACUACAUGGUCGAGAACAACAUUCCUGCGGCUCUGAUUUUAGAGGAUGAUUUCGAUCUGCAAGAGAAUUUCAAAGAGCGGCUCGGGGCCUGCUUGGACGAAGCACGUGGACUUGACUGGAACCUCAUGUAUUUGGGUCGAAGCCCCACGGAGGGAGACAUUCGCCGCGUAACUGAGCAUCUGGCUCAGCCAGGUUACACGCUCUGGACAGUUGGGUACAUUUUUAAGCUUGAUGCAGCCAAAGCCUUGGUCGAAGCGCAUGUGCAGAAGAGACUUGCACCUUUAGAUCAUUACUUUUCGGUGGCAAUGGGGCAGGGCUUCAGAGGGCACUGGAACGAAAAUGCGGUGGAGUGGAGCAAGUACAUUCCACAGGUGCUGCGAGGAUUAGCAAUAACACCGCCAUUGGUGAUGCCGUAUGUGGGGUCAAUGUUCCUCAGCGAUACAGCAAUGCUACGCAAUGGCACAAAGUUUGUGACGGACCUCCCUGUGCGGGAGGGGGAUCGGACUGCUGGUCGCAAGAACGAAGAGGAGUGGCGUGCAGCUCAAGGAGUCAAGGAUCCAUGA